UCCGUCAUUAACAUCCUGGCGGACGCCAUCGGGCCGGGCAUCGUCGGGAUCCACGGGGAUUCGCCCUAUUACUUCAUCACGUCCGCGUUCCUCACCAUGGCCCUCGUCUUGCUCCACACCUUCUGGGGGGUGAUUUUCUUCGACGCCUGCGAAAGACGCCGCUACUGGUGCCUGGGGCUGGUGGUGGCCAGUCACCUCCUCACC